AUGCGUACCUACGACGACUCCUUCAGCGGCCAGAAGAUCUACCCUGGCAAGGGUAAGCUGUACGUCCGUGGCGACAGCAAGAUCUUCCGCUUCCAAAAUGGCAAGUCCGAGUCGCUCUUCCUCCAGCGCAAGAACCCUCGCCGGAUAGCUUGGACUGUUCUCUACCGUCGCCAGCACCGCAAGGGUAUCUCUGAGGAGGUUGCCAAGAAGCGUACCCGCCGUGUUGUGAAGCACCAGCGUGCUAUCGUCGGUGCCUCCCUUGAGCAGAUCAAGGAGCGCCGUUCCGUUCGCCCUGAGGCUCGUGAGGCCGCCCGCAAGCAGGCUAUCAAGGACGCCAAGGACAAGAAGUCCGCCAACGAGGCCAAGAAGAAGGCCGAGAAGGCCAAGAACGCCGCCAAGGGUGGUGCUAAGCCCAUCUCCAAGCAGGGUGCUAAGGGCUCCGCCCCCAAGGUCGCCGCCAAGUCCCGCUAA